AUGCUCUACUCCAUGGCGAGACCAGUGCUCUUCCUGCACUUGGUCUCAUUUCUCGUGGCCGUCUCGGCUCAAUCCUCGCUGUCCUUCAUUGCGCCAAACCUGGUCACGACUGGCGCACUUCCUACUUAUCACGUCGGCGACAAUGUCACCGUCAUAUGGACUACUCCAUUCUACAACACAUCACUGGCAGUCUUCCAAACAUUGAGCAAUGGAACUACUCUCUUCGAGAUUAUUGCUUAUAAUUACCCACCGUCGCAGACGCAAGCGGUGUGGUCUCUGGGACCUGUCCACAAUCGUCAACUGACCGGGAGCACGUUCCAUUAUACCCUCGCGAAUACCCUGAACGCUACCUGCGAAGGCUGCUCCUUCUCCAGCAACAAUUUCGUUAUGCAGGCGAAGAUCAAGCCAACCACCACCCAGUCUCGAGCAACGUCUUCAGCAACUCCAUCCUCGUCCACCUCCUCCUCACCACGAACAACCCUUCGGACCACCUCACACCCCGCCUCUCGAACCACCUCCGCAACCAGUUCGGCCACAUCGUCGCAAUCGACUGCCGGGAUCGUCGGCGACUCGGUGAAUCCGGGCAGCGCAGGUCGCCGCAGUCUUCAGCUUGGAGCUGGUCUGGGAGCGGGUAUCCCUGCUGCCCUUGCCAUCGCCGGCAUUUUCUUCUUGUUCCUACGGCAUCGCCGCAAACAACGCCAGGCACGCAUGGCAGGCGAAGACGGCUCGCGCGGGGACGAUUCGGCACCCCUGGCAGACGACAGGAGUCCACAAAUGCGGGAGCGCGACAGCCGCCUCAGCCGGGAAAGUGGCGCCCUCGGUCCGUAUGCGGCAAAUCCGAGUCCCUGGGAGCAGCAAGAGGAGCGCUCGCGCGCAGAAGAACGAAGACAAGCGCACCAGUCGCGAGGCAGGCGGCGGGCCUCGUCACAGCGACACAUGCCCUUCCGGCCCUCCUUGGGCGCGCACUCGGAAGUCAGCGAUGAGAGUAGCCGACACUCCUGGAUCGACGAUUUCGAUUUUGAGCAGCCGUAUUACCGGCAGGCGGAUGAGAUCAGCCAGAUCAAGAGAAGCAUUCGCGAGGCUCCGAGGAGCAUUCGUGACCGGUUGAGCAUGCGGUCGAGUCCGCGGCAGAGCAAUCAUACUCGCUCUUCGCGGUCGCACGGGUCGAAUUUCGAUGUGCAUAAUGCUCCUGAAGUGCCACAGCCGGUGCAUAUCAGGUAUCCCGACCAGCAGUGGCACGCACGGUAG